AUUGGCAGCAAGUGCUCCAGCCGCAAGACUACCAAAACAGCCCUUUUAGGACAAGUACUUCAAGCCAUAUACUAUCAUAUUCUUCAGGUGUAUCGUCAAUAUGCCUCCAAAUUUAGUCUUCGUUAUUUUGGCUUUAACUGUUAUCGUAAUUUUAUGUCCGGAUAGGAGCUUAGCAGGAAUUUGGAUUUGCAAACCUUGCGCAGACGAAGAGGAAUGUAAUGCACCUCCAUUGAACCGGUGCGUCUGGGGAGAGACUCGAGACGCUUGUAAUAGACGAAUUUGUGCAAAAGGUCCAGGCGAAAGAUGCGGGGGUUCCCUGAACGUAUUAGGUCAAUGCGGCGAAGGGAUGAUGUGCAAAUCGGACGAAUUGUGCUAUGGGUGUUCCUUUCAAACGUUGGAGUGUUAUCCUAGGACUAGUUACUAGAACAUUAGAAUGUGAUCUCAAUAUUUCAAGAAUCAGUAUUACCUGUCGUUUCCGAUAUUCCGACAAUGACAAAUGCAACGUUAUUUUAGUUUAGUUUUUUUAUGACGCAAUUAUUAGAUUAUGUAUUGUUCAUGCCUUGUAUUUAUACAUAAAUUAUUAAGGAUCUCUUAUGACGCUGAAAUAUAUAUUGAAGAAGGGUACUUUGUACAUUUCAA